UGUCAGACUUUGUUGGCAAAAGCUGUGGCAACUGUUUCUUUAAAUUUCCUUAACGUGAAAGGGCCAGAAUUAAUUAACAUGUACAUAGGAGAGUCGGAGAAGAAUGUUCGAGACAUUUUUCAGCUUACCAGAUCAGCCCGGCCAUGUGUCAUUUUCUUUGAUGAACUCGAUUCUCUUGCUCCUGCUCGAGGUGCUUCUGGAGAUUCUGGGGGUGUUAUGGACAGAGUGGUUUCUCAGAUGCUUGCAGAGAUUGAUGGCCUUAAUGAUUCUAGCCAGGUCCUAUUUAUUAUAGGGGCAAGCAACAGACCAGAACUUAUUGACCCAGCUCUUCUAAGGCCUGGUAGAUUCGACAAACUGCUAUAUGUUGGAGUUAAUUCUGACGCAUCUUACGAGAGCGUUCUUAAAGCACUUACCAGAAAGUUCACAUUGCACGUAGAUAUAUCCCUCUACUCGAUUGCAAAGAGAUUCCCACCUAACUUCACAGGUGCAGAUAUGUAUGCCUUGUGUGCAGAUGCUUGGUUUCAUGCUGCAAAGCGUAAGGUGUCGAGUUCAGAUUCAUCUUCAACGGAUCAAGCUGAUUCCAUUGUUGUAGAAUAUGAAGAUUUUAUAAAGGUGUUGGGAGAGCUUUCGCCAUCCCUUUCCAUAGCAGAGCUUAAGAAGUACGAAAUGCUUCGAGAUCAGUGCGAAGGCUCUUCAUCUUGAGUGUCUGGUGAAUUGUCAAAUUACAUAUU